ACGGCACCGUCUUCGUCGUGAGGACCCAAUUAGCUAAAAAGAUUUGUAACUUUUUUUUUCUUUAAUCUCAAAAAAUAAAAUAGGCGUCUCUUAUUCUAAAAGUGACCACAAAAGCAAAUACAGAGAGUGAAGUGAAACAGAGCCACACAAAUGGGUUUGCAGUUUUAUUUUGGCGGGACAACCAUACAAACCCUGAAAAUGGCUGCAAUUCCAGCCUCAUUUUCUUCUUCUUCUUCACGCUUCAUUUUCAUGAAGCCAGUUUCUAAAACCCUAAACCUAAAUCCCAUUUCCCGCCGUUUCAUUAAUAACAAAGUAAGUUAUUCAGAGAGACCUUUUUUUACUCUUAUAACUAGAGCGCUCUCCGCAACAGCAGCUGUGCAAGAACCACUUACAACAGAAAGUGUUGAUAGUAAAGUGGUGAAGCCACAAUGGAAGGCAUCGAUUGAUUUUAAGUGGAUAAGGGAUAAUAAAGAGGAGGUUGCUUUGAAUAUAAAGAAUAGGAAUUCUAAUGCUAAUCUUGAACUCGUGCUUGAGCUUUAUGAGAAGAUGUUAGCUGUCCAAAAGGAAGUUGAACGCCUUCGUGGAGAAAGAAAUGCAGUAGCUAACAAGAUGAAAGGAAAGCUUGAGCCAUCAGAGCGUUCAAAACUCAUAGAUGAGGGAAAGAAUCUGAAAGAAGGACUAAUGACUUUGGAAGAAGACAUGCUAAAACUUACAGAUGAGCUACAACAGGAAGCACAAUGUAUUCCCAACAUGACUCAUCCUGCUGUUCCAAUUGGAGUGGAAGAUUGUUCGACAGUGAGAAAGAUGGUGGGUAGUCCUCGUGAAUUUAGCUUCCCUGUCAAGGACCACCUUCAGCUUGGGAAAGAACUAGAUCUAUUUGAUUUUGAUGCAGCUGCAGAGGUCAGUGGAUCAAAAUUUUACUAUCUCAAGAAUGAAGCAGUUAUGCUAGAGAUGGCCCUUGUCAACUGGACUCUCUCUGAAGUCAUGAAAAGGGGCUUUACACCUCUAACAACCCCGGAACUUGUAAGAGCAUCUGUUGUUGAAAAAUGUGGCUUCCAGCCUCGUGGAGAUAAUACCCAGGUUUACUCUAUCGAAGGUAGUGAUCAGUGCUUGAUUGGCACUGCAGAGAUUCCUGUUGGAGGAAUUCAUAUGGAAUCUAUCCUUACCGCGUCAAUGUUGCCAUUGAAGUAUGUUGCAUUUUCUCAUUGUUUCCGUACGGAAGCAGGUGCUGCAGGCACUGCAACUAGGGGUCUUUAUCGAGUUCACCAGUUCAGCAAGGUGGAGAUGUUCAUUCUAUGCCCAGCAGAGGAGAGUGAAUCCCAUCAUGAGGAACUUAUUAAAAUUGAAGAAGAUAUCUUCUCUUCAUUAGGUUUACACUUUAAAACUAUAGAUAUGGCCUCGGCGGAUUUAGGGGCUCCUGCUUACCGCAAAUUUGAUGUGGAGGCAUGGAUGCCUGGUUUAGGACGGUAUGGUGAGAUAUCAAGUGCAUCGAAUUGUACAGACUAUCAAAGUCGUCGACUAGGAAUUCGGUAUCGCCCAUCGGAUCCGACAUUAAGGAAUCCUAAAAAGGGGAAAAGCAGCCUUGGUCCAACAAAGUUUGUCCACACAUUAAAUGCAACAGCUUGUGCAGUUCCACGGAUGUUGAUAUGUUUGCUGGAAAAUUACCAGCAAGAAGACGGUUCUGUCAUUAUCCCUGAGCCAUUGAGGCCAUUCAUGGGCGGGUUGGAACUUAUAGCUCCUAAAUCCUCUUAAAUUAAGUCGAGUAUUACUUGUGAUUUUGCAGAGAUCCAUAUUGGAGCCUUUUUGGUGGCAAUUUUUACAUAUUUAUUUAUUUGCCUUGGAUGAUUAACAACUGAAAACUAUAAAGAAUCUGAAGUAGUUUUAUAACCAUUUCAGAAAGAAACAUUUGAUUUAUACUGUAAGUGCUUGCAAAAAUUAUCAGAGGAAUAAAAUCACUGGCACAAGUGCCCUGCGGCUGAAUUGCUUA